AUGUUAUUGAAUAUAAAACAUAUCCUGUGGUUAUUCUGCGUGUGUCACACAACAAUUCUCGGUAAUCUCGUGGUUAUGAGGCCUGUGAGUGGCUCGCUCUCAGGCCGGGUCUCCCUGCCAUGCCACUUCUCCACCGCACCUACCGGUGCGCCCGCCAUCACCGACAGCAAAGCCAGCCCUGCCGCCGGCGACAAGGACUACCUGCGCAUCAAGUGGACCAAGGUGCAGGGCAACAGCGAGACGGUCGUUCUAGUGGCCCAGAACGGCGUCAUCAAGAUCGGCCGGGGCUACCGGGGUCGUGUGUCGGUGCAGAGCCACCCCGAGGAUGUGGGCGAUGCCUCGUUGGUCGUUUCCAAGCUGCGUGCCAGUGAUGCCGGAACGUACCGCUGUGAGGUCAUGUACGGCAUUGAGGACACCCAGGACAUGGUCUCUUUGAAUGUCGAUGGUGUUGUGUUCCAUUAUCGAGCAAAAAUGAGCAGGUACACCCUCACUUAUGACAAGGCAGUUCAAGCCUGCACGGACAUAGGGGCUUCCAUCGCCACGCCUGACCAACUGAAAUCAGCAUUUGAGGAUGGGUUUGACCACUGUGAUGCUGGUUGGAUCGCCGAUCAAACAGUAAGAUACCCUAUCAUCCAACCAAGGGCCGGCUGCUAUGGAAAUCUCAAAUCCAAACCCGGCGUUAGGUCAUAUGGUUUGAGAAAGCCAACUGAGACCUAUGAUGUGUACUGCUUUGUGGACAAACUAGAUGGUGACGUCUUCUACGCACCCACCACCACCAAAAUGACCUUCGAAGAGGCCCAGGAGGAGUGCAAGAAGCGAGACGCUGUCCUGGCCUCUCCAGGGCACCUGCAUGCUGCGUGGAGGAGGGGGCUGGACAGGUGUGACUAUGGAUGGCUGUCCGACGGGAGUGCUCGCCAUCCGGUGGCCAGGCCCAGGGUACAGUGCGGCGGCGGCCUGCUUGGUGUCCGCACCAUGUACCGCUUCCUCAACCAGACAGGCUUCCCAAAGCCCACUCUGAAGCUUGGAGCGUACUGCUUCAAAGGCGUUCAUUCAUGUGUUGAGAAUCCCUGCUUAAACGGAGGCUCCUGUUGGAGAGUAGGCAGUGUCAACACUUGCACCUGUACUGCUGGUUAUGGAGGAGACCACUGUGAAAUAGAUAUCGAUGAGUGUCAUUCAAAUCCUUGUCGCAAUGGAGGCACAUGUGUGGAUGGACUGAAUGCAUUCUCCUGCGUGUGUCUUCCCAGUUAUGCAGGAACACUUUGUGAAGAAGACACAGAGACGUGUAGCUAUGGCUGGCACAAGUUCCAGGGCCACUGCUACAAGUACUUUCCCCACCGUCGCAACUGGGACACGGCAGAGCGGGAGUGCCGUGUGCAGGGGGCCCACCUGGCCAGCAUCAUCACCCAUGAGGAGCAGCAGUUUGUCAACCGCCUUGGACAGGACUACCAGUGGAUCGGACUCAACGAUAAGAUGUUCGAGAAUGACUUCCGCUGGACAGAUGGCACGUCUGUUCAAUAUGAGAACUGGAGACCCAACCAGCCGGACAGUUUCUUCUCCUCCGGUGAGGAUUGCGUGGUCAUGAUAUGGCAUGAGGACGGACAGUGGAACGACGUUCCCUGCAACUACCAUCUCACUUUCACCUGCAAAAAGGGAACAGUGUCCUGUAACCAGCCUCCAUUCGUACUGAAUGCACACACCUUCGGGCGUACGCGGCCACACUACGAGAUCAACACCCUGGUGAGGUACCAAUGCAACAACGGCUUCAUCCAGAGGCACGUGCCCACCAUCCGGUGCCGAGGGGAUGGAAUGUGGGACCAGCCAAAAAUCUCCUGCAUGACUCCAUCACACUACCAAAGGACAUACCACAGGAGAUAUAAUACCUUCAGCAUAUACAACAACCAUCGAAAGAGGUCUGCCGAAUCGGCUCGACAGCGCCGCCAUGGUGGCAGCAAAAGGAACAGGACUAGGAAAUAACAGAGGCCUCCAAUUACCCUUACUCCAUUCACAACACAUGAUGGAUGCUCAUGUGGAUGACAAAAAAAUAAUAUAGACAAGAAUGAAAAGAAAAUGACAGGCAAUUCAUUUUUCAACCGAGGAUGAAUUCAUAGGCCUUUUGCAGUAUUUUUGAACAAAGAGAUACUAUUUUUCUAAAAGCAACAAGGACUUUUCAAGUACCUGUUUUCCUGUAUUAUACAUACUGAGAGAAAGACUGACCUCAAAUUCACAGCUUUUGUAUUUUCUAGUGCAGUUAUCAUUUAAUAUGCCCAAAUGGGGUAAAAUGACAAGUGUUUGACAAGUCUGCCACCUUGCUAGUAAAGUCACUACUAUGCAAAUAUAAGGUUCCAGUGCUUUAAAACAAGUUUAAGGAUUUGUUUAACUGCUUCGAAUUCAGUGAAAUAUUCAAAGUUCACUAAGAGGGGAAAAAAAGGACAAAUACUGCCUGUUGCGUUGCAUCAGCAAAGAGACUGUUGCUUCACUUCUGCAUAUGGCGGAAUACAGCACAUCAAACACACGCCGUGCCUUGUGGGAUUCACUGAACCCCUGUGAAGAGCUGUGAUUAAGUCUUCAACAGCUUCUCCCAAGGCCUUCACCAUAACUCACACAGAAGCCAGAGAAAGACUCUACUAUGCAGUACUGAAAACUGACAGAAGAUGGCUCAGUCUAAGCAAUGUUUUUUGCUUUUAAUGGAACAUGCAAGAAAUAUGAACUAAUGCAGCAAUAUGUUAGAAACAAUAGGCUUUGCCAGAACUGUUUGUUCCACUGAAGUGCCUUUACAAUAGAUGUUACCCAAAGAGGUACAGUAAACGCAAUGGAGCUCUGAUGCAUGCUUAGCAUUUUCUCAGAUACAUACUGUACAUGUAAUUCACACUUUUUCUCCUUUUGUUUUUAUUUUGUUUUUAAUCUGAUCAUUACCGGUUAACAGACUCACAUUCACAUUGUACUGGAUAAUUUAUUUCCUGUCAGCAGAAUCAAGUCUAAAUGUUUGAUAAGGACAACGUAUGGUCACUUAAAAGAGAAUGUACUUUGUGGGACACCCAAAAAGAAGAAAGACUUGAAUAGAUGCAUGUUAAAAAGAGAGAUGAAAGUAAUUUAUUUUCCACACUGCUCUUUAUCUUUUUGUUGUCUUUUAUUUUACCUGAAGAUGCUGUCUCCUGGCUUUUCUUUUCCUUGCAAUAACAAAAAUCUAAAUAUUGAUGCAAUGUUUGGUUUGGGGCACAGACUUUGCAUCAGUGAGAAUGAUGUAGUCAGUUCUGAAAGAAAAAACAAGAUAAACACUACUCUUGGGGUGGGGUGGUUCAAUGGAUCAAAUGAACAAGGAAGAUAUACAACUUGGCAUCACAGACAUUUUGAAUUUUGUGUUGCUCAGUGUAAGGAUGGUCAGCCAUUUUCCCCCAAAACAGAUUUGGAUUUAUUUGUGGAAGAGUGAGGAAGAGGAAGAGUGAUUGUUUUAUGUGUUUGUCUUGGAUUGUCAUAUGUGUUUUUAUUUCUAAAAUGCAAAUAACAUCAUUUCAUAUUUAUAGAAUAACAUGUUUAUUAUGCAAUGUGAAUGUUUUGGGGAGUCAUUUGAGAAAAGGUGGAAGGAAAAAAAAAAUGUUUUUGUACAUGCAAUUUGUCACCAAAGAAACAAAGUUUAUUACAUUAUAUUCUGCCUCCUUGUCUCAAUUAUUAUGUGCUGUAUUUUGAGACUCAAGUAACUCAGAUUUUGUUUUAUAUUGUGAGUCAGUUUUAUUUUGGAGUCAUGCACUGAUAAACAAUUUAACAUUA